UUGAUUUUUGCGGUUGGUAUUAAAUUCGACAGAGACAGUAAACGACUGACGAUUCUUCACUACUUGAGCUAGUGAAUAGAGAAAUUAGAGAUAAACCGGUACUUAGUGUAUUUCAGAGUGGAAAAAACCUUUUCAUUCCAUCGAAAAACGUAAAAAAUAGUUAUCUAGUGAUUUUUUAAACUUGAAUUAAUCGAAAAUGGCUAGUAUGUCAGUUAUUGGUAUUGACUUAGGAAAUGAAUCUUGUUAUGUGGCCGUCGCUAAAUCAGGAGGAAUAGAAACAAUAGCUAAUGAUUAUAGUUUGAGGUCCACACCAUUAUGUGUCGCCUUUUCUGGAAAAAAUCGAAUAUUGGGGGUCGCCGCAAAAAAUCAGCAGGUGACAAAUUUGAAAAACACAGUUUAUGGUCUGAAGAGACUUUUAGGUAGGAAAUUCAGAGACCCUCAUGUGCAAAGAGAGCUUCAGAUGUUACCAUUUGGUGUUAUUGAAGUAAAUAAUGGUAAUAUAGGGAUAAAGGUUCAAUAUUUGAAUGAAGAGCAUAUUUUUUCACCAGAGCAAUGUUUGGCUAUGCUGUUAACGAAAUUAAAGGAUAUUUCAACUUCAGCAUUGAAAACACCAAUCAAUGAUUGUGUCAUCUCUGUACCAUCUUAUUUCACAAACAAUGAGCGUAAAGCUUUAUUGGAUGCGGCAUCUAUUGCAGGUUUGAAUGUCCUUCGUUUAUUCAAUGAAACCACAGCCACUGCCUUGUCUUAUGGCAUUUACAAGCAAGAUCUGCCUGCUCCCGAAGAAAAGCCUAGAAAUGUUAUAUUUGUCGACUGUGGUCAUUCUGCCCUUCAAGUAUCCGCAUGUGCAUUCCAUAAAGGAAAACUCAAAAUGAUUGCCACUGCUGCUGAUCCAAAUUUGGGCGGUAGAGAUGUUGACUACUUAUUGGCAGAUUAUUUCUGCAAAGAAUUUCAGACUAAAUAUAAAAUUGAUGCUAAGAGUAAUCCCAGAGCAUUCCUCAGACUGUUAACAGAAGUUGAGAAACUAAAGAAACAAAUGUCUGCGAAUUCGACAACAUUACCUCUCAACAUCGAGUGUUUCAUGAACGAUAAAGACGUUCAUGGCACUAUCAAAAGAGCGGAUAUGGAGGAUAUGUGUGCCCCUCUAUUCCAAAGAGUUGAAGAAACCCUAAGGAACUGCCUGGAGCAGUCAGAACUGGCCUUGGAAGAUAUUUACUCUGUCGAAAUCGUUGGAGGUUCAUCUAGGAUCCCAGCCAUCAAACAGUUGAUCGAAAAAAUUUUCAAGAAGGCGCCUAGCACCACGUUGAACCAAGACGAGGCUGUGAGCAGAGGUUGUGCCUUGCAGUGCGCAAUGCUAUCACCCGCUAUACGAGUCAGAGAUUUUAACGUUACAGAUGUGCAGAGCUAUCCUAUUUCGGUAUUCUGGGAAACCAGUGCGGAAGGUGAUGCAGGCGGUAAUAUGGAAAUAUUCCCAGUGAAACAAGCUGUCCCGUUCUCGAAACUGCUGACCAUCUAUAGACACGAACCUUUCGCUAUCAAAGCCUGCUAUUCCGGCAAUGUUCCUUAUCCAGACAAAAAUAUUGGCACCUGGAUCAUCAAAGACGUGCGCCCCAACGCCGAAGGCAAGGCGCAGAAGGUCAAGGUGAAGGUCAGACUGAACCUCAACGGCAUCAUGUCCAUCUCCAGCGCCUCCUUGUUCGAGGCCAAGAACGCCUCAGAACCCGACUCGCCGGAGGAGGAGCAACAGCAGCAGAACGGGGGCGACCAGAAGGCCAACGAGACUGGGGCCCCGGGGGGCAACAAUGGCGCCUCCGACGUCCCGAUGGACGUGAACGGCGGCGGGGCCACACCGCCAGAGGUAGGCUCCGGCACCAGCUGGACGAAGAAAAUUUCUGGCUGGUUCGGCGGGGACGGCGAUAAGGACAAGAAGAAGAAGAACGUCGUGAAGAGCGUUGAACUACCGAUCGAAUCUCUGACUUACGGUUUCUCCCAAGUCGAACUGAACCAGUACACCGAACAGGAAUGCAAGAUGAUUGCUGCCGAUAGACAAGAAAAGGAAAGAGCUGAUGCCAGGAACGCUUUGGAGGAAUACGUCUAUGAACUUAGAGGCAAGCUGUCCUCCGACGGGGAACUUUGCGAGUUUGUGGCCGAAAAUGACAGGGUGAAUCUUGUCCAACAGUUGGAUCACAUGGAAAACUGGCUGUACGAGGAAGGUGAAGAAUGCAACAGGCAGGUGUACUGCGACAAACUCACCGAGUUGAAGGGCAAAGGCGAACCCAUCCAGAACAGAAGGAUCGAGGCGGAAUUGAGACCCAUCGUUUUCGAGGAUUUCGGAAAGCUGUUGCAGCUGUGUCAGAAAAUCUUAGACAAAAUAAGGAGCAAAGACCCCAAAUACGCCCAUCUCACCGACGAAGAUGUGAAGAAAGUCGAACAAUCAUUGGUCUCGUCGCUCGAAUGGUUAGAACAGGCCAGAUCUAAGCCGGUCAAACUCGAUGUGGCUCCCCCAAUCACCGUAGCUCAAAUAAGACAAGAAAAGGCCAACUUUGAGAACAUCGUCAACCCGAUCUUGAACAAACCGCCACCCAAAGCGAAGACACCACCAAAGGAGGAAAAAGAAAACAGCGAGAGCAAAGACGGAAAGCAACAAGAACAGCAACAACAGAACAGCCAAGGAGAUGCGAACCAGCAGCAACAGUCUCAAGAGAACAUGGAUUGGUCAUAAAUUAUACUGGCAUGACUAAAUUCUAGAUCGAUUUGCUUUGAAUGUUGAUCGUUGAAACACCGAUUUUUUUUUUUUUUAGAACGUUUUUCAGAUAUCUUAUGCGUGAUGCUCUUUUUUACUUAAUUGUCUUGCUGGGAGAGAAUAACAUUUAGCAUUAAUGUUGAGCGAUUCGAUGGGACAAUUCUUAAACAGCCACAGUUCUUGUGAUACCUCCGAUAACUUGGUUCUUGCGCAAAAUUCAAAGUUGUGUGGCGAUUUUGCAACGGUCGUAAGUGUUUUUUUUUUAACAGAGGUUUUUGUCGGUUCCUUGUUUUUUUUUUCACUUUUGUGGAAUAGAUUUGCAUUUAUUUUCUCAGAAUAGAUCGAUAUGCAGUAUUAACGCUUCGAAAAAGCUACAUAACGUAGGUUAUCAAUUUUUGUUCCUGAAUUUUAGUUCAUAAGAUUUUUGGAGGAUUUCAGGACGUAAUUUCACUGCUUCAUAGAAUGAGUGUCACUCUGAAUAAAAUAUAAAGUUCACCAAUAAAUCUUAACGGGGUGAAUGAAACUAAUGAGCUGUAUAUUUAUCUAGUUAAAUUUUAGAAGUAAGGGUUAUUUAUUAAGUCUUUUAAUUUGCUGUAAAUAUUUUCGAAAUGAGUUCAAAUUAUUAAGUAAAAAAGGGCAUUUUCGAUAUUGCACAGUUCUUACACUCUAGAAAUUAUUCCGAUCGACUACAUUUUUCAUUCUAAUAAUUGAUCAGUGGAAUUGUCCUAUUUUUAUGUUCAAUAAAAUAUAUAACUAAAUUGUGA